AUGGCCUCCAUCAAGCAGUCCUUCCAGAAAGUGCUGGACUCAACGGCACUCGCGACCACGAAAUUCAUUCGCCGACCUCCAAUUGACCCGAAAGCCCCGAUUCAAGGAAAGCCGAGACAACCGUCUUCAAAUGCAUACAGAGAUCACCAGGAUAAGGAAGGUCGGCGGUUACAGAAGGCCCUGAACUCGCUCUCUCACGGCCAGAACAUCUUCGUGUACCAGCACCUUCGCACGAAGCAGGUCGUGUACUCAUUGACUCGUUACUUGGAGAAAGCCAAUGUUCUCAAGCAAUGCGUCUACCACGGCAAGAAGACCGUCCCCGCCGAAGUCCGUAAGGACAUGUGGGCUCCCUACUUCUCCGUGCACUUCGACGAAGCACAAGUCGGAUUGAACGUCUACAACCUGCUACGCCAAUUCGCACUCCUCCGCCAACUCUCCCCGCCCAAGGAAAUGAUUACCGUGACGAAAGAAUUCCUCGACUCCAAGCGUCCAACAGACCCGCGCGACCAAAAGGAAUGGGACGACCACAACAUGGGCCGAUUGGGUCAUAUUAUGAAAAAGAAAGAGCGCGCCAAGGUUCUCAUGGACCAAAAGGCCACCUCCAUCGCUGAUGUUGCCUUCGCUCUGGAGAAGCACACACUCGCUAUCACCGAAGGUAUCCCUGGAUACACCAAGUCCGGAUACAAGACUCUGAAGGCGCGUAAGCGCAGGCGCGCGGCCCUCAAGGCUGCUGAGAAGCUUGCUGAGGAGCGUGCUGGAAACAUCUCCGCUUUGGAGGAGCAGCUCCAGGCUGAGAUCCGUGCGGACCUUUCUAAGCCUGAGACACAGCAGGUCAAGAUCCUGUGGCAGGACUUGUAUGAUGCGCAGUACGCGAAGGAGUGGCCCGAAUUCAUUACCCACGGUCAGCUGCGUUUCACCCGUAACCACCUUAUUGGUCAGGAGGAUGCUAAAGGAACCGAUGUCAUUACUGAUGGUACUUUCGAGGAGGCUAAGUAA